ACUUUAGGCGGUGGCGCUUCGACACGCUGUUCUCAACAUCUCCAAAACUAAGAGGUGUGAGAAACUAACCUGCUGAAAUAGCCGAUGCCUAAACAAGAAAACCGUUGAAUUUACGUUUUUUAUUCACCGAUGGCUUGCUAGUAUUUAUGCGUUAUUAAUAACUAAUAGUAAAGCGCCAUAACGUUUAAUAUAUUACCUGCUAGCUAGCGUGAAGUUAACCUAGCAGAAAGUUGUUUGUAGCUUGUUACCUUGUCGUUACCUGUCAGGAUGAAUUUAUACCAUGUUUUGGAGCUUGCCGGAGAGGGUUCAUUUGGUCGUGUUUACAAAGGAAGAAAGAAAUACAGCGGACAGGUUGUGGCCCUAAAGUUCAUCCCAAAAGUGAGUCGUUCUGAAAAGGAGCUUCGGAAUCUCAAAAGAGAGAUUGAGAUUAUGCGGGAUCUUCAACAUCCAAAUAUUGUUCAACUUUUUGACAGCUUUGAGACAGACACAGAGGUAGUAGUUGUGACUGAAUAUGCUGAGGGACAACUGUUUCAGAUUCUUGAAGAUGAUGGCAGUUUACCAGAAUGUCAGGUUAGGUCAGAGAUAGCCUGCCAGUUGGUUUCAGCUCUUUAUUAUUUACACUCUCAUCGCAUUCUUCAUCGUGACAUGAAACCUCAAAACAUUCUUCUUGGGAAAAGUGGAGGGGUGAAGCUCUGUGACUUUGGGUUUGCCAGGGCCAUGAGUGUGUCUACUUUGGUGCUGACUUCAAUCAAAGGCACACCACUGUACAUGUCUCCAGAGCUUGUGGAGGAGAAGCCCUAUGACCACACUGCUGAUCUUUGGUCACUAGGCUGCAUUCUUUAUGAGCUCCACACGGGGGCGCCCCCAUUCUACACUAACUCCAUCUUUCAUCUGGUGCAAAUGAUAGUGAGAGACCCAGUCAAAUGGCCACCAACAAUGAGCGACAACUGCACGAGUUUCCUAAAAGGAUUGCUGACAAAAGACCCCCAGAUACGACUUACAUGGCCUGAUCUUUUGCAUCACCCAUUUGUAGAAGAUGGUGUUCAGGUUUUUUCAGACUCAACAGUGUUCAACCCCCUCACAGAAAUGCCUAGUCCUGAUAUGGUGGCACUGAAGCUUCAUCAAGUUGCAUCAAAGACAACGCGGGCUAGAGGGGAGAGUAGGUUGUUACAAAAAGCCUGUGAAAAAGGAAAGGAGAAAUCUAAAAAAGAAAUAAAAAAUGAUUGUGGUUACUCCAAGGCAGCAGCCACUCAGCCUGCUUCUAGACAGACAAAACUACCACCCCUAGAAGAAGUUUUAAAAACAUCCAGUGCUAAUUCAAAAGUUGGUGAGCACCAGAAAUCUAAACACAGGGGUCAAAUCAGCAGAGACUAUGCACAAGAGUUCUCCUCUGUAGAAGUUGGUCCGCAGUUAGUUCGGAGGUGCUUUGAAGAACGAAGACCCACUUUGCAUGCACAGUUUAGGAAAAUGGAUGCUGAAGACCUUUGGGAAAAACUGCUCCAAGAAGUUAGCAGAUGCAGAUUUAAAGUGCUUAGGAAUAAUGACCUUAUCCCAAGGCUGAAAUCAACAUUUCUUGCAUUUAAAACUCAGCUCAAAAGUGGAAAUGUGAAGGAACCAUUGGAGAUCUAUCAGCCACUGAAGCUAUUAAGCAGUCUGAUCGAGUCUGACCAGGAAGACACCUAUGACCUCUGUCUACAAAUUGGCCUGCCCUAUUCGCUCUUUGACUUAAUCUAUACCAUAGUUGAAAACCUGACCAUCACUAAGCUUCCAUGGUGUGUUCCAACACUUGGUGAAAUGUUUGAGUUGCUUCUAAUCUUUUGGGACAGGCACAGUGAUUGGGCAGAAGAAGGCUACAGUCAAUUAGAAGAACACUCAAAGAUGUUUGUCACAGUUCUUAAUCAACCAAUGUUUAGGACAUUGGCACCUCUUGCAGCUGCUGUCUUAUCUAACUUUAUACAACAUGAUGUAUCUGUGGAUUCUGAUGUGGAUACUCUGAAUACAUUAUUGCGGGACCUUUGGGAAAUUAAUGAGGACUGCAUUCCCUUACCGGCAGGAUGGGGAAUGUUCGAUGGAAUCCUGGCUUUAUUCCUUCACACACUCUCAGAGCAUGAUGGUGGACUGGGCUCUUCAUGUUUAGACCCUGGUUUGUUUCUGAGUUUAUGGAAAAGAGUUGGUGACUCACUUGGAAGAACCCCAUCAUCCACAGAUCACUAUUCUGCCAAUGGCAUAUACUCCUUUUUGUCUUUGGCACUUUUGGUCUUCACCCAAGAUCCACACUUAUGCAUUCCUCUGUUCAGCGACACCUCAUCUAAAUGCGUGUACACACUGGGUCUGCUGCUUAAGCCUGAUUGUCUGGGCUUUUUUGUGGAGGACUGCCCGCGCAGACUGGAGACUGAUUGGAGUCUUGACAGCUUGUCUGUGUUGAGCUGCCACUUGUUGUGCUUCCCAUUUGCUCUGGAUGUCCCUGCUCUCACCAUGUCCAGGAUUCUUGACUUGUAUGUCAGCAGUAGUGUUAUUGCAGGCCUUUUACAGGUGAUUCAAACACUUACCCCUUCAUUAUUAGAGCUGCCUCUCUCGCUGCUGAGCCGUCUGCUGCUGUGUGACCCUGAGCGCUCACUCUCUUGCCUCAGAGACAACGCUGGUGCUUUCUUGAUGCCGAGCGGGAACAACUGCUUAUCUGUCUCUACAGAUACUAGAGACAGAACCGCCAUGUCCCUGCUCUCAGAUCUGAUGCAGUCGGACGUCCUGUGGGAGGCUGCUGUGGAGCUGCUCACGGUUUUGUCCCAAGUCAGCCCAUGUUCCCCACAGCUUCACCUGGAAGUUUCAGUCCUAUGCCGAGCACUGACACACACUCAUGAACAGAUCAGGACAGCCACAUGCAGACUUUUGGCAAAUAUACAAACAUCCAACACCAAUGCUGUUAUUAAAUCUGUCAUUUUUCAACAUCUUAUACAAUGCCUUCAUGAUUCCAGCAUGUCUGUUCGCCGUAUGGCCUGCAGGGCAGUUGGGAGCUGGUUGGGAGGUCUGGCCGAGGCAGGUUAUAAAAGCAGUGAGCCCAGCACUAAAAAGGGGUUUGGCCUUAAAGUCUGGACCAAAGAAAAUAGCAAAACCAAAUCAAACCCACAAUCAGACUGUGUUACACUGGCAGAACUAGAAGAUUUAGAAAAGUGGACUGAGGCCAUGAGAAGCUGCACUGCUCUACUAGGGUCCACUCUAUCUGACCCGGACACUGUGAUCCGCCGUCACUGUUGUGCAGCACUGGGGAACCUGGUGAAGCUGGAGGGGGCUGUGCAGUGGCUACUGGAAGAGGAUGUGUCCAGUGCACUGCUCAGAGCUGCAUGCAUGGAUCCUCAUCACACAGUGAGACAAGCUGCCAUAUCCUCCCUCUGUAUGUUCAGCCUGCACGAACCAAUACGUCAGGUGCUUAUGUCCCUUGAGGCCAAAAGAAAACUUUUGCAGGCUUCACGUGCGUUUCUACAAAGCGACUAUGAACAGCUCAUUGGAAACUUGUGAAGAGUCAUAUAGGUCUUUCCUUAACAGGAUCCGAACAUUUAGUCGCAGCUUCGAGAAGAAAGAUGCAACGCAGCUCAUGUUAGAUUCAAAUAUCAAUGCGUGCUUUUGAAAAUUUACGAUUUCAUUUUAACAAGAUUGAGCGCGUCAUGGGUUAGCUUUUAUUUUUACACAAUUGUUAUUAAAAAAACCUUCUAUUUUCGGUUUGUUUCCAGGGCGGGCCGCGCGGGCCGCAUGUCGCGGCAAAGUUGAGCGCAUCCGGCCCAGUGUUCGUUUAAUUUGACAAAUGGACAUUUUACCUCCUGAAAACUGGAACACAGAGUUUUGUUUUUUUUUUUCUUCACAACAACUGCUGUAACACAAUUUAAGUUAGGCAGAGGACACUUUAUUUUGAAAC